UGCACAUGUAUAUACAGGGAUGAGAAGUCAAUAAUUUUUAAGUUGAUGUAAAGUACCAAUCAAGAAUUAAGACCCCCCCCCCCUUCUAGCAGUUUAAUUGGUUAUUGUGAAGCUCAAUUUAUCAUGGAUUCUUCAAAGAAAAGAAGCUCAGAAAGACUUCACGCUAAAAGCAGAAGGGAAUUCCACAUGCCAACCAGGGAAGAUGUUCUUGGCAAGAUACAAGUUGAUAGUAAUAUAACACCCGAGAAGUCAUUUGGGAGAUUGAAGCCAAGAAAACUGGUCAACGAUUAUACAAGAGUAAAUAGUCGCUAUUGUAACUUAGAUGAUGAAUAUUCGGACAGUGACUCAUCACUUGGGGAUUUUAUUGUUGAAGAGGAGGCUCCAAAGGUAGCGAAGCAUCAAAGAAAGAAAUCUAAAAAUUUAGGAAGAAAUAGGCCAAGAAAGGCCCAGUCUAGGAGGUCCCAGUCAAGAGGGUCCUCCUCUGAAUCAACUGAGAGUGAGAAUGAAGACCAGCCAGAGAUCAAGAAAAGACGUGGAUCAUUGAACAAGAAGGGUGAUUCAAAGUACAAACGCAUAAAGCGGUAUGUGACAUCGUCAGACAGUAGCAGCGAUGACGAGACUACAGAAUGUAAGACACGCAAGUCUGUCAUUGAGAGCUCUUCAGACUUGGAGGAAGAAUCUUCCACAACCAUCAAUGGGGACAUAAACAUGAAUGAUAAUGAAAAGGAAAACAUCAAUAAUGCCAAUGACACUGUUAAAACUGAUCAUGAUCAUGCUACCACAACUGCAGAGAGUGAAAACUAUAGCUCAGAAUUUCAGAUUCUUCCACAAUCAACCCCAAUAAAACAAACCACUUUGAGCCAGGAAACUAAGGGUAAUGCCAAUCAAAACACAAUGAAUGAUCCAAAUGAUAAUUCAAACAUGAACACAGCUAAUGAUGGGACUCAUAUCUCAGAUGAUGAUGAAAUUGAUGACUUCAUCAAACAUCAUGGUGAAAGGCCAACAAGUGAUAUGACUAUUGCAGGUAAUGUGCCUUUAAAGGGUGAUACACCUAUUACUUGUAUAAGUAGUGAUGAUGAAUCUGAUUUUAUUGUAAGUGAUGGGGAAGAGAAUGUGAGCUAUGAAAGUAGCCCAAGCAGUGACUCUGACGCUGAGUUUGGAACGUUAUCCAUACAUAUCUCAAGGCAAGACAGAACAGCACAUCUUCAGAUGAAGAAAGAUGCAAAAAAGAAUUUAUUCAAACAAUUACAAACUAAACGUAAGAAAACCUAGCCUGUUGAAGGUUGUGCCAAGUUUGAUUGAUAAUUGCAAAAUGUUUUAGUAGUAUUCUAUUUAAAGAGAGGAUACUAAAAAGAGACUUGUGUAAUUACUCUGUACAUACAUGUAUAAUCAUUUUAUUUCCGUAUGUGUCAUAGCCUAUAUUAAUAAAGAUUUUUGU